UGCACUUUGUACUUCGAUAUCAACUCACGAGCAUAACCACUUUUGGUUUUAAUUAAACGUAGUUUCAAUAACAUUCAGCAAUGUUGAAACAAUUGCUGGGUCUAAUUUUUGUUCUUCAUUCGACGACAGCAAUUAAUUCGCGAAAGAAUGUGUUGUUUUUGGUGUCGGACGACAUGCGUCCUCAGUUGGGAUCAUACGAAGGCGAGGACUUCCCAGCACCAGUCCAUCCGAAGAUGCACACCCCAAACCUCGACGCUCUUGCGGGAAAGAGUCUGCUACUAAAGCGCGCGUACGUUCAAGUUGCUCUUUGUAAUCCAAGUAGAACAUCUCUUCUGACCAGUCGACGACCGGAUACAACACACGUCUAUACAAUAGGACCAUAUUUUCGAAAGGUAGGAGGAAACUUUACAACGCUUCCAGAGUAUUUCAAGAUCAAUGGAUAUGCCUCCAUUGGCAUGGGUAAAGUGUUCCAUCCAGGGAAAUCGUCUGGGGGUGAUGACCCUAUAUCAUGGACAGAACCAUACUUCCAUGGUGUACCAAAUUUCGAGACAAAUCAAAACAGUUGGGUCGCUGUCCCAGAUGAGCAAUUGAAAAAGGAGCCUUUAAUCGACGAACAACUUGCAGACCAUGCCGUUAAGACCCUGCGUAAAGUUGCACCUAAAGCAAUAUCGGGGGAACAGCCAUUCUUUGUUGCCGUUGGCUUUCACAAGCCUCAUCUGCCAUUUGUGUUUCCGAAGUCAUUUCUGGACCUCUAUCCCAAUGUAAGCCUUCCAGACAACCCAUACGCUCCCGUCAACAUGCCUGAUAUAGCAUGGAACGUAUACGGAGGACUGCUUAUGUUCCAUGACAUCAAAAGUCUAAAUGCAAGCGGUGGGAUCAACACGACGUUGCCCGACUCGGUUGUGCUCGAUCUGAGACGUGCCUACUACUCCGCGCUAUCUUGGACCGACUCUCUGGUCGGCCGUGUGAUAGCGGAACUGGAUAAACUGGGCCUCACCAACAGUACGAUUAUCUCCUUCUGGGGGGACCAUGGCUGGCAGCUAGGCGAGCACGGCGAAUGGUGCAAACAGACAAACUUCGAGCUCGCAACCCACGCUCCGAUGAUGAUCCACAUACCCGGGGUAACAGACGGCGGCGUCUCAACCCGCGAGCUGACAGAGUACGUGGAUCUCUUCCCUACUCUUGCAGAAGCUGCCGGUUUACCGGCUGUUCCGAAAUGCCCAGAGAACUCCACUCUGGUAGACCUGUGUACCGAAGGAACUAGCCUCAUACCUCUUGUAAGCAACCCAGACACUCCAGUAAAAGAGGCGGCGUUUUCUCAGUACGAGCGGGACAACGAAGCGGUAAUGGGAUACACAGUCAGAACCGACAGUUUCCGCUAUACGGAGUGGGCUGCGUUCCAGGGUGCUCCCGUGUACCAGCCGAAUUGGGAUAAGCUCUCCGGGGUUGAGCUGUACGACCACACCCUUGAUCCGGAAGAGAACGUAAACCAUGCAGACGAUGCGAAAUAUUCUGACAUCCGGUCGCAGCUGAGUAAGCUAUUGCAUACCGGUUACAGAGGAGGGUUUUAAAAUAUAAAUAUUCCAUCGUUUGAACGCGACAGAGCAGUUUGCCAAUCUUUGAAAGAACUGUUUUCUAAAUACCUUAUUCAUAUAACAUGCGCUUUAAUUAACGAAAUAAAUAUGAGCCGCGCUCUGUGGAAAGUUACCUUAAUUCAUGCGCACACCGCACAGUUUAAUCUGUAUGGAACGCCUCGUCUGUCUCCUGGUGACUAUUGAUAUAUCGGAGGUUGCAUUGAAAUGAUGUGGGUUGGGUUUAAAUCAUAUGAUAUGUGUUUAUAAUAGUAUGCUGUGUGCUUUGAUGUUAUGAUGUGUGUUUGUGAUGGUAUGCUGUGUGCUUGCCAUAGUGUGCUGUAUGUUUGUAAUGGCAUGAUGUGUGUUUGUGAUGAUAUUCUGUGUGUUUAUGAUGAUAUGCUUUGUGUUUGCCAUAUUCUGCUGUGUGUCUGUCAUGGUAUGUUGUGUGUUUGUCAUGGCAUGCUGUGUGUUUGACAUGGUAUGCUGUGUGUUUGUGAUGGUACGCGGUGUGUUUGUGAUGGCAUGCUGUGAGUUUCAUUGAAGUGAUGUGGGUUAAAAUCAUAUGAUAUGUGCUUAUUAUAGUAUGCUGUGUGCUUGCCAUAGUAUGGUGUGUGUUUGUGAUGGUAUGCUGUGCGUAUGUGAUGGUAUGCAGUGUGUUUGUCAUGGUAUGCUGUGUUUUGUCAUGGUAUGCUAGUUGUUUGUCAUGGUAUGAUGUGUGUUUGUCAUGGUAUGAUGUGUUUUCAUCAUGAUAUGCUGUGUGUUUGUCACGGUAUGCUGUGUGUUUAUCAUGAUAUGCUGUGUGUUUGUUGUACUAUCCUGCGGGUUUAUCUAACAUGAUGUCCUUUUCAUUCGCUAUGAUUUAAGUUGGCGUUAGUUUAAUUCGGAAUACUCGGUUCUUGUCAUACGUAUGUCCGUCGGUCUGAAAGUCCGUCUUUCCUUCCGUCCGUGCGCAUGUAUGUUUGUCUGUCUGUUUUUCUGUCUGUCCAUCCGUCCACCCGUCUGUCCGCCGGCCCGUCCGUCUGUCUGUCAGUCCGCCCGUCCCUCCGUCCUCCCCUCCUUCAGUCAGUGGGUCCUUAUUUCUGUAUGUCAGUUGGUAUGUCCGUCCGUCCGUAUGUCCGUAUAUCCGACAGUCGGUAAGAAAGUCAGACGGAUAUACGGACGCAGGGAGGAACGGACGGACAUGCAGACGGAAAGAAAGAUGCACGGACAGUCGGAAGUAAGGACACACGGACGGACACACGAGCAAAUGGGAAUACGGACAUUCUGACGGACGAACAGAGAGACAUACAGAAAAACAGACUGAAAGACAAACAGACAAGACUCACGGAUAGACGGAUAAACGGAAAUAAGGCCACACGGACGGCCGGUAAAAUGAACGGACGGAGAAACAGAGAGAAAGACAAGCACAUCGACAGACAGACAACAGACAGACACACAAACAGAAAGACAGACACACAGAAAGAAAAACAGAAAAAGAGACAGACGCACGUACAGACGGAAAUACGGACGUACGGACCGACAGACAUACGUAUGACGUAAAUAUUAGUUCUUUGACAAGAACAAAAUGUUCCGAAUGAAAAUAACGCAAACUAACAUAGUAGCGAAUGAAAAGGACAUCAUGUUAGAUAAACCCGCAGGAUAGUACAACAAACACACAGCAUACCAUGACAAAACAAAGCAUACCAUCACAAACACACAGCAUACCAUCACAUACACACACCAAACUAUGGCAAUCACACAGCAUACCAUUAUAAGCACAUAUCAUAUGCUUUAAACCCACACCAUUUUAAUGAAAUUCACAGCAUACCAUCACAAACACACAGCGUACCAUCAAAAACACACAGCAUACAAUGUCAAACACACAGCAUGGCAUGACAACAUACAACAUACCAUGAAAGGCACACAGCAGACUAUGGCAAACACACAGCAUAUCACCACAAACACUCAGCAUACCAUCACGAACACACAUCAUACCAUUACAAACACAUGUAGCAUACUAUGGCAAGCACACAGCAUACCAUUAUAAACACAUAUCAUAUGAUUUAAACCCACGUCAUUCAAUGAAACAACCGAUAUAUCAAUAUAAGAGUCAACAGGAGACAGACGAGACGUUCCAUAUAGGCGGAACAUGUAAUACAUUAUUUGAUUCUCAACAUGGGUUGCUUAUAUGGUUAAAACUCACAUGAUCGUGAAAUACCGCGACAUCAUCCUUUCACAAACGAAAUCGAUUGUAAAACGAUAUUUACAGGUGUGUUAAGACAGUACUUUCCAAAAGAAUGCAAUGUACAUGAAGGUGUAAACAUUGUCAAUAUAUCCAAUUAUGCAUGCUCAUUCUGGUAAGUUCUGCAUUUCAAAGCAGUUUCGAGCGAUUGCUUAUGGUGACUGUCGAUAAACUGCGAAGUUAUGGUAGAUUUUGCUAUAGCUAUUUUACCCUAAUUGCAAGUCAUGCAAUGUAAAAAAUAUUAAAAAGUGACAUUUUAAUUUAUUGUAGCCUACGCGCUGUGUGCACAUCAUGUACUGUUCAUAUUUAAUGAUCAAAGAGCAAUUGAAUAUUGAAUGCUCAUUAAGAUUUGAUGCAUUGUACACAAUUCAUUUUUAUAGUCGGGCGAAAACGAAAGUAAAUAAAUAUAUAUAAUCUUA